UUUUCACAUUCCCUCUUAAUCUCAAUAGUGGAAUCCAGGUCUCCACCAGAGGUAAGCAGGGCAACCUGUGCCCACCAUCCCAGGCCACCACUUCCAGAAACCAGAUAGGAUGGAAUUUUCCAGGUUUUUAUGUAUUUAUUUAAGAUGUCCCAAAAGUUGGGAAGACAGACUGAGAUAUUAGUCCUGAGAGUUCCAGGCAGGCCUGGCUGGAUCCUCUGAUCUUGAGGCCAGUACUGACUCAGGAAGAAAGGAGAAGCCUUUGAAGUCAGGAAGCAAAGGAGCUGUGCUAGAGCCCCCAGGGUGGGGUAGGACGGGGCCCAGGCCUGUUGUCAUCCUUGCUGUCUUCAGGACCCUCUGCUGCUUCUGCCCUGCCCCAUCUGUGUUCCCUGCUUCAUCAGGAAAACCCAUACUAGGGUCACAGUGCUAUCAGCCCCGGGCAUUGUUCACAGCUGCCCCUGGAGGCUAAUUUUACCUCCUGCAUCUUAUUCCCUUCCUCUCUCCUCUCCAGUCUCUAGCUCAGGCCAUAACUCUCCCACUCCUCAGGCAAUAAGAAGGGACCUCUCUAUCCAUUGCUACCUGGCAAACUGUUCUGCCAGUCUCUUCUAGUGAUGCCCCUCCCCUGCCCAGUACCCUUCAACAGCUCCCCAUAACCCUUCUGAAUGAAGAUCCUGCUCUCCCAAUAACACAAGUCCCCAUCUUGAACCUCCCUUCCCAGGCCCACACUCAGUUAUUUCCUCAUCCUCUGCAAACAGACAUCCUAAUAGGAAGAACCCAAGGACCUCCUCCACCCCACCCCAUCUUGUCCCACACUUCUUAUCUCCCUCCCACUUACCCCUGAAAAUCCACCUGGGCAUUGUCCUCUAUCACCCCUUCAUCCUGACAUCUGCAGCCAAGACAUCAUUCAUCCACUGGGUGGGGCUUCCCAGGCCCUGCCCUUCCCAGUCUGCCAUCUACUUCCCAUCACUACCCAUCUACUCGAUGGGAAGUGAUCCCCCAAUCACCAUUCUCACCUUUAUCCUCAAUGGAACCCUUGUCCCCCAGUGCAUCCACCUCAAGCUGAGUGGAAGCCUUGGGGCAGCUACUCAAAAUACCUGCUCUAGCAGCUCUGCUACUGUGUCACAUUAGAGUGGGACAGUCCAGGCCCACAAGCCCUUCAGCUUCCGCAAGGGGCAGGUGGGAGAUCUAGGCACCCUUCAUGACCAAGCCCCCUAGACCCAGGUGCUUGUCUGUCUGCUAGGUAGCACACACUGCAUAUCUACUGUGCCAGCAGCUCAAGGGCCCUGCCAAGAUGGUGUCAUAUGUGGGUCCCGAAUGGCCACCAGGGGACACUGGAGCUCCAAGGUCCCCUGAACUUCACCUUUCUCAACCAGAAGCCUUGGAAACACAACUGUAUGACCUGGGGCAGGGGGACUCAAUUCCCUGCACCUCACUUUCCUAGUACUUGAAAUAGGUGUCAUGAUGCUUGUGCUUUUGAGACUCAUACUAAAAGGGGGCCGAGGUGAAGAGGAGGCUUGGGAAAUGUCUGCUGAAUCAUUCACAUCCCUCUGGCUACCAGUUCCAUGGUUGCCUGGGAUCCUGUCAAGAACUGGGAAGGAAGGCACCUGGCUGCACAGCUGCAUAGCAGUGCCAGCUUGGCCAGAGACGACAGGCUCACCCUGAACAGGCUGAGCCGCUCCAGGAAGCUUAACUGCACUGAGACCAGCCAGAUGCCAGUCCACUGCCAGGCAGCUGUCUGACAACAGCUCUGCCACCUGCAGAUGCUGACCUGGUUAUCCUCAGCUGAGGCUGAGAGAAAAGGUGAGGUCUCCUGGGGGCAGGUGGCAUGUGUCAGUGGUGCCAAAUGUCCCUAUUCUGUCCCUCUCCUUCCCCACACAGUUCUACAGCUGCACUCCAAAGAAACCCCACUCUUCCAGGUCAACCCUAGCCCACCCUCACUUCAGGUUUCUGGUUCUGUACUGCAGUUGGUGCUGCCGAGUCAUAGCUAAGACCUUAAAGACCUAGGCCAGGAGCCAAACACACAAAGGGAAGUGGGGUCACGCCCUCUGGUGGCCAGUGGUGGAAGCCUGCACACCUCACCUACUCACACCCCAGUAAACGGUGUGGGGGGUUACCCAGACACAAUUUCAAAUUCCUGGCUCAAGAUGACCAGUCCCAAGCCCAGGGAAUCCCCAGCUAUCAUUCAUUCCUUGAUCGUGCGCCUACUGUAUGCUCUUGGUCAAUACUCACUUGUUCAUUGGUUCUUUUACCAGUCUUCCCCCACACUCACCUGUCCUGGAGACCCAGAAAGGAACCACAUCUGGUCAUCCUUGCCCCCUAAGAGGAGUCCUACUUUAAAUGAGGGCCCAUGUCUGGAAACAGUAACCCAGGAUGAGGAUGCACUGGCAGGAGGCCUUCGAAUCCUGCCCAUGUGUUCAAGACAAGAGGAGUCUCCCUCUCAGUCUCUGCAGGGUCUCUCUAGUUUAAAUAAGCACAGGAAAAUUCACCCAGUAUGCAUCAGCAGCCUGGGCACCACAUGGGAUCUGGCCCAUCGCCUGGGUCAGAACCUGCACUUUAGAGUGACCAGUUCAAUUUAGCCAUGCAUUUAAAUCAUCUGCCAGAGUCUGAAAUAAAAACCCUUGCUCGGGCCUCAUCUCAGACCAAGUAAGUCAGAAUCUCUGGGAGACUGUAAACUGCUCAAGCAAUUCCAACAGGUGGCCAAACUGAGAAUCAGGGCUCUGCACUCUUCUGGUGGGUGUUUUUUCCCUAUCUACUGAGACCAGGUCACAGAUUCCUAAUGGACUGAGCUCUGUGGACGGGGCUUGCCCUAUUCUGGGAAGGCCUCUACACCCUAUGUGCCUUCAUCCCCUUUUCAGGACUCCAAGGGGCCACACUGCCCUUAGUUUUUAUUGUGUCCAGUCUUAACGGUUCCUACUCUUUCCACUACCUUCAGUCACAGGGAAUCUGGUGUGUCUUCACACCCCCUUCCUCCUUGGGGGCAAGAUCUUUGACACCACUCACCCAUCCACCCCCAAAUUUCCAUCCUACUUGAGUUCUCUGCCCUGGAUACCUGCCCUAGCUUGUGGUGAAUCUGUCACCCGAAAAGGGAAGUCCUGCUGAGAGUGGCGGAAGAAGUGUGGAAAUGAGGAAGGCUGGUGAGGCAAUAAGGGCAGGCAAAUGUGGGCUCACCACCCCACUGCCCCCAUGUCCUGGAUCUCCCCACCUCCCUGGUGGCCUCCUAAGUCCCACAGCCAACUGUACCCCUCCACACCAAGAUGUCCCCCUCCUGUGGCUCUCCAGUCCUGGCUGAAUUUUGUCUUGGCCUGUCUCUUUGCAGGUAGGUCACCAAGGCCUGGAACUCAAGUCUUGAGAUCAGGACACAAAAGUGGUAUGAGUUAAGAGGGACAGAGGAGAAUCAAGAAACUAGUGACAACUAUUGACUGUGUUGGGGAUAUGCUGAUGCCCAAUGCAUUAAUUGCAAGGACACCAGCAGGCAAGACAGGAACUACCUCAAGGGAAGACAGAAGUGUCCUCAAAGGAUCUGGGGACAGACCAGAGCCGUCUCCGCCUACUUUCCUUCCUCCUCUGUCUUCCCCACCCUCACAGCAGCCCCCACCUUGUGUGCUGGCCUGUAGAGCAGAAGCCACAGAUACUUCCUGAAGGCAACAACCUCAGCUCAGAGCCCACCACCCUGUAGCUCAUCAUCAGCCUGCAACCAUGGGGAGCCAUAAGGAUUUCCGGAGCCUCCAAGCCAAGUUCCAGGCCUCUCAAUCAGAGCCUAAUGGACUUCCUAAAAAGCCCCCAAAGCCAGAGUUCAACAAACUCCUGAGUAAGUUUCCACAUCCUGAGCUAAGUGAGCAGCCCCAAAAGCCCUUGCAGCCUGAUGUCAGUGAAGCCCCUCAAAAGAUCAGUACAGCGUCCUUGAGGCCUCCGCAGCCCCAAUUUGCUGAUCUCCCCAAGAAGCCUUUGAAGCCUGAGUUUACUCAUCUCCCCAAGAAGCCCCAACAGCCGGAGUUCACUGAUCUCCCCAAGAAACCCCAGCAAACUGAGUUUACUGAUCUCCCCAAUAAGGCCUCCAAACCUGAAUUCACUGAUCUCCCCAAGAAAUUCCCACAACUUGAGUCCACUCCAUUUCUCAGGAAGCCCCUACAGCCCGAGGUCAGUGAGGCUCCUCAGAAGGUCUGGCAGUCAGAGCCCAGCACACUUGUCAAGAAGCCCCCCCAACCAGAGCUCAGCAACCCCGCCAAGUCCCCUGUAGAACCCAAACUCAGCACAUUCCCCAAGAAGCCCCCACAGCCUGAAUUCAAAUUCAGUGUGCACCCCAGGAAGCCCCAACAGCCUCAGGCUGGUAGCUUCCCAAGAAAGUCCCUACCACAACAGCCUGAAUUCUCUGAAGUCCCUCAGUCGCUUCCCUCAAAGUCUGGGCCCAGUGAGCCCCAACUCCUUUCCCCAAAGCCUGACCUCAAUACCUCACCAAAGAAGCCCCCACAGCCUCAGACUAGUGACCUCCAUAAAUUCUUGACACAGCCUGAGCUUAGAGAGGUCCUUCAAAAGACCCCCCUGGAGAAGUCUGAGCUCAGUGAACCCCAUCCCCACUACCUGCAGCCAGGCCUCAGUGCAUUUCCCAAGAAGCCCCCACAGCUUCAGCCAAGUGACCUCCCCAAGAAGGUCCUGCAGCCUGAAUUCAGUGACCUUACCAGGACUUCCUCAGAACCUGAAGUAUUUGUGCUUCCCAAGAAGCCAAGGCAGCUUGAGUUCAAAGCACUUUCCAAGAUGACCCCAAAGGCAGAGCUGGGCAGUCUCCCCAGGACCUCCUCAGAACCAGAGUUCAGCUCAUUGCCCAAGAAGUUUCAGCAGCCUGAGCGCCAAGGGCCACCUCGCAAGUUCUCCCAGCCUGAGCCCAACGAUCUGCCCAAGAAGCACCUACAGCCUAAAUUCUUCAGGGAUCUUUCCAGAAAGCCCCCACUUUUGGGCUCAGUUUCUGAGAGCUCACUGCCCUCUGCCACCUUGGGCUCCAGCCCCCGGUACCCACUCAGCCCUGGAUUUGGAGCCACUAGGGCACCCCGCUGGAGGUCAGAAGACUUCAAAGCUCACAACCCACCCCAGCGGAGGCCACUGCCCCCAGCCAGCAUCCUGGGACCACCUCCAGCCAAACCCCCACUGCCCCCAGUCCCCAUGGAUAUUCAGAGCUUUCGGAGAUCCUCAGCAGCAUCCACAGCUCUGCGGAGGACUCGCUCAUCCGCUGGGACCCACUUCCUGGCCCAACAACCUAAAGACUUCCCAUGGGACCCGGACGAGACUUAUGAACUAUAUGACAACGUAGAGCCCACGGAGGAUUCAGGCCCCAGCCCCAGAGGCAGAGAUGAAGUGCUGUGUGCUCAGCAAGCCACCAGGAGGCACUCACAGGACCCAGAGCUCAGGAAGGAGAAGGCCCCACAGACACAGCAGUUGCCACCUACGGAUCCAAAGCUGCUAAAGCAGAUCAGGAAAGCAGAGAAAGCUGAGAGGGAGUUCCGGAAGAAGUUCAAGUUUGAAGGGGAGAUUGUGGUUCACACAAGGAUGAUGAUUGACCCCAAUGCCAAGACCCGUCGUGGAGGUGGCAAACAUCUGGGAAUCCGGCGUGGAGAAAUUCUGGAGGUGAUCGAGUUCACCAGCAAGGAGGAGAUGCUGUGUCGGGACCCCAAGGGCAAGUAUGGCUAUGUGCCCAGAACAGCUCUUCUGCCACUGGAAACAGAGGUGUAUGAUGACGUCAGCUUCUGGGACCCUUUGGAGAGUCAACCAUUUCCCCAAGGACAGUAGGGCCCUCAGGUGGGGCCCAGAACAGCCUGCCAGCCCAGCUACCCACUAACCCAGGAGCCUGGAUUCCAGUUUGACAGACAGAGCUGCCCAGAUGCAUGUGUGACCACAUAAAGCCUCUCUUUAAAGCUUC